AUGAACAAGAAAGAUGACAAAUUACUUGAAAUGGAAGCAAGAAUACAUGCACCGUUAGAAUGGGAUUCCCCAAUUUAUUGUAAAAUACAAGACCUGCAUGAGUCGUUGUAUGAUGAAGCAUGUCGUUUGAUAAAACAUCAUUAUUUUAGCGAUGAACCAAUGUGCAAGGCAAUAUCACUUUUAAAAGAUAAAUUAUCGGUUAAUUGUUAUUUAAAAUUAAUAAAAACGUGGAUGAAAGAUACGACAAGUUUGGUAGCACUGAGUGCAAAUUCUGGACGAGUUGUUGGUGUUGCUGUUACAAGAAUUAACAGUGAUUCGGAAAAGACGAAUAUUUUUAGUCGUAAUCAAAUAAUCGAAGGAAAAUCAUUGAAUCUAAUAUUGCAAUUACUCAACGAAGUUACCGUUCAAUCCAAUGCUUAUGUUCAAUUUGGUCAUGAUACUUAUUUUCGUAUUUAUAUUCUUUGCGUUCAUCCAACGUAUCAUAAUAAAGGCAUCGAAUCUGCAUUAUUACGUGCUUUUAUCCAAUCAGCAAGAACUAUGAAAUUACCAGCAGUAGGUGGUGUUUUUACAUCCGGUCAUAAUCAAUCUUUUGCUGACAAAAUCGGAUUUUCUAUUUUAUCCGAGAUACGUUAUAGUCGUUGGAUCGUUAAUGAGAUUGUAAUCUUUGAUGAUCCCGGUAAAGGAAAUUAUUCAGUUGCUUUUAUGGGAAAGAUACUUGAUUAUAAUGAUCCAAGUGAAAGACAUAAAGAUGAUGUUUAG